CAACCUAGAAAAGGCUGAAGUCAUCCUUUCUAGUUUCUACAUCUUUCAUUUGUUAAUAACAACACUUACGAAUUCUUCCACCCAAGUCCAAAAAAAAAAAAAAAAAUCUUUGUAUUAACCUUCUGCCGCUCUUCCAUCUGCUUAUUAUGAUAGUUUUGCUUAAACCCAUCUGAGAAUCCUAUGUUCCUAUCAGUGGGUUCCUCUUCUUCUUUCUGUUUUUCCUUUUUUUGUUGUCUCUAGCGCAUUGGAGUUAUUUGGAGGUCCGAAUUGCCGCGGUUUCGGCCUCAGGGGACUCUCAGAGUGCCAAAAUAUCCUACUUGAAGAUGGUAUGUUGAUCUCAUUGCGGUUAAGUUUCUUCUCUUUGGUUAUAGAUUGUGAAUUUUGGUGAAAUGUGAACCCUUUUUUGGCUUUUUUAACUUUUGCUCUCAAAGAUCAGUACUUUAUGUGUCAAAUAUGUUGGAGGGGUUAUCAUCAUAAUGCUUGAUUAUUAUUGAUUACUGGGAUGGCAUCUAAUGGUAAACUAAGGACAAAGGAGGCGGCUUUUCGCCGUUUCGUUUCUGUAGUUUUGUUGACACUAUUAGGAGCCCUUUUGGUAGUUUUGUACCUUAGGAGCAGUUCAGUUUCUGAUCUUGUAAUCUGGGAAGAUGUUGAAGUUGUUGGGGGAGUGACAUUUAACUAUACUCAGAGAAGAAAAGGGUUGACCCUUCCCAAGCAAAAUGAGUUGUCAAUUAUGUUAGAAAAGAGAAAUCAGUUGCCUCCCAGGAACUUGGAUUUGUAUCCACGGUUAGCUAAGGAUCGUAUUGUGAUUGUUUUGUAUGUUCAUAACCGGCCUCAAUAUCUCAAAUUGGUUGUGGACAGCCUUGCCAAGGUUAAGGGGAUUAGUGAGACUUUACUGAUUGUCAGCCAUGAUGGCUAUUUUGAAGAGAUUAAUAGGAUUAUAGAAGGUAUCAAGUUUUGUCAAGUGAAGCAGAUAUUCGCCCCGUUUUCUCCGCAUAUCUUCCCGGAUAGCUUUCCAGGUGCCUCGCCGAAGGAUUGUAAAGGAAAAGAUGACCCUGACAAGCUGAACUGUGAGGGAACGCGUGAUCAGUAUGGAAAUCACCGAUCACCAAAGAUUUUGUCAUUAAAGCAUCAUUGGUGGUGGAUGAUGAAUACAGUUUGGGAUGGAUUAAAGGAGACUCAUCUGCAUGUAGGCCAUAUUCUUUUCAUAGAGGAAGACCAUUUCAUAUAUCCUAAUGCUUACCGCAACCUUCAGAUACUCACAGAGUUGAAGCCUUCGAAAUGUCCUCUUUGUUAUGCUGCAAAUCUAGCUCCAUCUGAUGUCAGAUCAAGAGGUGAGGGGUGGGAAAGUCUUAUUGCAGAGAAGAUGGGCAAUAUUGGAUAUUCAUUUAACCGGACGGUAUGGACUAAAAUACAUGCAAAAGCAACAGAAUUUUGUACUUUUGAUGAGUAUAAUUGGGAUAUAACAAUGUGGGCGACAGUUUAUCCCUCAUUUGGUGGUCCUGUUUACAGCUUGCGAGGUUCAAGGACUAGUGCUGUUCACAUUGGGAAAUGUGGUUUGCAUCAAGGUCAGCGUGAAUUGUCGGCUUGUAUUGAUAAUGGCUCUAUUAAUCUGAAAGUAGCAGAUGUUGACAAAGUUCCUAACAUAAGGAGAGACUGGGGUGUGCAUGAAUAUCGGAAACAAAAUGGAUAUCAAGCUGGAUUCAAAGGGUGGGGUGGAUGGGGAGAUACAAGAGACCAUCAAAUGUGUUUGGAUUUUGCUAAGAUGUAUAGAUAGCAAGCAUACAGUGUCUAAGCUCCUUAACCAUUAUAGCUGGUGAGGUUGUCGUGUUCUUUAAAGGUACCACAUAGUAUUUUUUUUCCACAUGUGUAAUAUGCAGGGCUUUUCUAUAUCUUUCCACUGAAGUUGCUAUAACUAAAUAAAGCUGAAGACUCCACUUUCUGAAUUCUUGCUAUCUC